UCCUCAUUCUCAUUCCCAUUCCCAGACAUUCCCAUUCCCAGAUGCGAGAUGCUUAUCGCGCCGAUCAACGGGACAACUCGUCCUGACCUAACUGAUCUAGUCGAUCUACAGUAGUUUGAGAGGCACCGCUACACUGAGCUCCACAGAUCUUGGGAACAUCAGCCUCGGCAGAUGCAGCUCCUCAUUCCCUUAUGCCCCAGUCUUCAGACCCCCAAACUUUGGGUCUCAGCGUCUCGUACAGACCAGACACUCUCCCGGGAUCCAUAGGCACAGAGCCAAGACACGCCCGAGUGGCCAGGCGCACGGGCCCACCGCGCCCGGCACACACGAUGUUCUCGGCAUCGCCGUCGCCGAGGUCCCGUGGACAGCCCGGCGCCCGGCGCCCAGCGCCCAGCGCCCCGCCGCGCCACCUCGGUUCCGCAUGGAUCUGCGGGUCUGGGUCUGCGGAGAGAUUCUCAACGGGAGGCCUAGUGCAUCUCUCCGAGUCACCCGCUCGCCGUCCUCCGCAUCCUGCAUGCCUGUUCUUGGAAUGGGGCGCCGCGGCAGGACGGGGAGCGAAUCGGAAUCGAAACGGUGACACGCCAGGAGCGAGGCUGGUGGCAGGUGGCAGGUGGCAGGUGGUAGGUGGCAGGAAGGAGGCGGCGUGCUUCCGAUUGAUGAUCGAGCGCGAGAUCUCGAGGCGCCGCGCCGCUCGACGCCGACGGAGAGAGCGAGAGAGCGAGCGCGAGGAUGGCACAGUUCACAGAAGGGUGCCUCUCCCGUCGAGGGUGACUGUGUGACAUCACGCCGCUAUAUCCGCCCCGCACGCGUGACUCGUCCCUGGAUUCCUACUGAAUGACGCGCGGAGGUAUGGUAUCUCCGCACAUGCGUCCAACGCCCUCCAUCCACGCCACCGCCAUCAUGCAUGCGUGUGCUCGAGUCUGAGUCUUCUA